AUGACUCUCUAUUCUGAAUUUGUUCAGAGUCCACAAAUUCGAGCUAUGUCUAAACAAUCACCAGAAUUAUUUAAACAACAACGACAACAACAAUCUCAUAUCACAUUUAAUCACAGUAAACAUCAUAAAGAUAAAUUAGACGAUACUGAUUCGGGAUUUUUAAGUAGAGCUACAAGUAUUGAAAAAUUAUCAAAUAAUAGUGUACAUGAUACAAUUUCUACUGUACUUUCUAUUGAUUCAUUACAGUCAUCAGUUAAUGAACAUGAUCCCGACAAACGCCAACAAUCACAACGCAGAAGUUCAUCAGGACAAAAAUUAGCUAAAUUAUUAAAUGUUUUUACACCAUGUCGAAAUCGUAUUGCACGACGGAGUAGAUCGUUUGGUGAUAUAAAUAAAACUUUAAAAUCUAAUCAUAAAUUUAACUGGAAAUUUAACACUUGUUCAUCACAACUGAAGGUUGUUGUACCCACAAAUGCUCCAUUGGUGACAUCACGUACCACAUUAUCAAUUUGCAGAAAACAUGAUGAUAUAUUAAAUGAAUCAAUGCAACAUGAUGACAAUAAUAUUAAUAUUAACAAUAAUAAUGAUUCACCAUCAUCCUCCAUAUUUUUCAAUUCCAAUUGUUCUUAUUCUACACAAUUAGAUAUUUUCAUUGCUGAACCAAAUCAAGAUUUGUAUGAAUUCCGUAGACGUUAUCCAUCGCAAUUUUUAGCAUUAGUUACAAAUUAUUUAGGCUUUUUAGUAUUCACCUCAGAUGAAUUAGAUCAAAUUCGUGAAAUUUUAAUAAAAGAUGCUAAACAAUCACAAACUACAACGUUAACAUCAUCAACAACAUCGACGACAACAGUUAAGACAGAUUUGGCAACUAAUAAGUCCGAAGUCAAUGAUAAUAAUAAUAGUAGUAAUAGUAAUAAUACAAACGAAAGCAAUAGUAAAACACAAUAUACACCAAGGAAAAUGUUGAGUCGAUUACGUGAACAAAAACAAAAUGUUUCCAAAGAGAAUGAAAUUAAUCAUUGGUAUACAGUGGUCAAUGCAAUUUUACGAUUUAUGCUUAGAAAUAAAAAUUACAAACAUCGAUUUAUUUUUCGACGUCCUGGAAAUCAAUCAAAUGUGAAUAAUUUAGAAAAAAUUUUAUUUCAUCAACAUGGACUCUCAUCUACUUCAUUUCAUCUUCCAACAGUACGUCAUCAAAUUCAUUAG